GUUUGUUCGUUCGUUCAAGGUUACUAGGCGUAGUUUUUAUUAAUCAAAAAUGGACGAGACCUUUGACUUUUCUUCUUAUUGAAUGACCGGGUCGAUCGACUGGUUUACUUUUCUUCGGUCGUCGUCUUGGCAGGGAGUUGCAUAAGAAGACAAACUGUUUCAACUUCUCUGUCUGAAUAAAUAUACCACAAGUCCAGAAGCUUGUUGUGUUCGAGAAGCAGAGAGUUUUCGAGAAGCAAAUAUCUAAAGCUACUAGAGAUGGAUGAGAGUAAUCAUGGAGGUUCAUCAAGCUCACUCCCACCUUUCCUCACAAAAACAUACGAGAUGGUUGACGAUUCCUCCUCUGAUUCAAUCGUGUCGUGGAGUCAGAGCAACAGAAGCUUCAUCGUUUGGAACCCACCAGAGUUUUCAAGAGACCUUCUUCCCAGAUUCUUCAAGCACAACAACUUCUCUAGCUUCAUCCGUCAGCUUAACACAUACGGUUUUAGAAAAGCUGAUCCUGAGCAGUGGGAGUUUGCUAACGAUGAUUUCGUGAGAGGUCAGCCUCAUCUUAUGAAGAACAUUCAUAGACGCAAACCCGUUCACAGCCACUCUCUACCUAACCUCCAAGCUCAGCAGAACGCGUUGACCGAUUCAGAGAGGCAGAGAAUGAGUAGUCAGAUCGAGAGACUCACCAAGGAGAAAGAAGGGUUGCUUCAGAAGUUACAUAGACAAGAGCAAGAACGAGAUGUGUUUGAGCAACAAGUUAAGAAGCUAAAAGAUCAGUUGCAACACAUGGAGAAGCGUCAGAAAACAAUGGAUUCUUAUGUCUCUCAGGUUAUGGAAACACCAGAGCUUGCUCUGAACCUCUCGCCGUGUCUGCCCGAAACAAACGAGAGGAAGAGGCGGCUCCCUAGGAUGUUGGAGGAUAACCAGGCAUGUGUUGUUGUGAGAGAGGAAGGCUCUACAAGCGCUUCAGAUGAAACAGAACAUCAGGUGGAAGAGUUGGAGUCGUCAAUAGCGGUUUGGGAGAAUCUUGUAUCUGUAUCUGAUGAUUCUUGUGAGGGCAUGGCACAAUCAACAGGAAGUAUGAUGAUACUUGAUGUGGAUGAUUCAUCUACUUGUCCUGAGAGCCCUCCUCUUUCUUGCAUACACCUAAGUAUCGACACGUGUCCUAAAUCUCCUCCUUCUCAUAAGAUCAUCGACAUCAACUCUGAUGUUUCAAAGGAACAGAACAUUGUUGCUCCUGCUCCUCCUCCACCAGCAACAGGAGUGAAUGAUGUCUUCUGGCAGCAGCUUUUGACAGAGAAUCCUGGAUCAGCCGAGCAACGGGAAGUUCAACCAGAGAAGAAAGAAGAUAAAGGUGAAGAUCCAAGUGAGAAAUGUUGGUGGAAUUCGAGGAAUGUAAAUGCAAUUACAGAACAGCUUGGACAUCUGACUUCUUGAGAGAGAAGUCAAUAUGUCAAGUAUCUGAUACUUUAGAUCUGUUUUUAGUUUUUUUUUGUAAUAUAUGUUCGGUUCAUUGUAUUAGAUCAUAAGCAUUUUGGAUC